AUGCCACAAGCCACUAGUGUCCUUGAACCGUCACUCGGCGUCAAGCACUUUGCGUCCGAAGUGAUUUCUACCUUUGCAUCUAAACAGGGAGUUGAAGGACAAGUUCUCAUAAGUAAAUGCUUGAAGGGUUGGAUCGAACCAUCAGCCCUUGCACCAGAAACAGAACCCACCAGUUUUGAGGAGUCUGUCGCCCACCGGAUUCUAGAUGUUGGAACGAUUGCACUGAGGGGAAUCCUUGAGUUCUCUCUUGGCAUCAUUCUGUCGGAAGAAGAUACGGAACAUGUUCAAGAGCUUGUGUAUAUUGCCGAUAGAAUUGUUGCCAACACAAAUGACUAUUUUAGUUGGGAAGUCGAACGAGAUGGCAGUGGUAGGUUACAAAAUUCCGUCAAGGUGAUGAUGGUAACGGAGGGUAAAUCCGAGCAGGAGGCCAAGGAAAGGCUCAAAGCUACCAUCCUGGCAGACGAGCAAAAAUUCCAGGAACUAUUGGAACGCUUCUAUGUCACAUUUCCAGAAGCUCCAGACCAUAUGAAGAAAUUUGUCAAAGGGCUUCAGCUUUAUCUCGGAGGUCACCACAUCUGGUGUUCAGCCUGCGACAGAUACAAGAUCAAGACUACAGCAAUUGAAAAUGGGGCUAACUACAUAAGUACGGAUUUUGUAAAGGAUCAGCUCUACUCUCAAGACUCUAUGCCUACAAACCUUGGAGAUUCGGCCCUCCUAGCUCCGGUGGAGUAUAUUCUGUCUUUGCCAUCGAAGAACAUGAGAUCGAGAGUUAUUGAUGCGAUGAAUUUAUGGUUCCAACUUCCCGACGAUCAGCUGGCUACUAUCAAGUGUGUGGUUGAUGACUUGCAUAAUUCAACUUUAAUGCUUGACGAUAUUCAGGACUCUUCAGAUCUACGCCGAGGAUGUGCAGCGACACACCAGGUUUUUGGCAUAGCCCAAACCACCAACAGUGCGACAUACAUGGUAGCUAGGGCCGCGUCCACGGUUGUCACAUAUCAGGACCAAUAUCCCCAAUUAAUUAAUAUUUUUUUGGAUGGCACCAAAGCUCUGGCAUUAGGCCAGAGCUGGGACUUGGAUUGGAGAUUCACGGGCUAUUGCCCAUCGAUCGCAGAGUAUAUGGCUAUGGUAGAUGGCAAAACUGGGGCUAUGUUUGACAUGAUUAUCCGAAUGAUGCACUGUUUCUCGUGUACCGAAAACCUACCCAUCGCUGAUCUGAGUCGACUUACAAGACUUCUCGGUCGAUGGUACCAAAUCCGAGAUGAUUAUCAAAACAUCCAGGAUGAACACUACACGGCGCAGAAGGGGUUCUGUGAGGAUUUCGAUGAAGGGAAGCUUUCCUAUCCUGUAACAGUGUGUUGUAAUCUUGAUCCCAGGGCAGGAGCAAUUGUUAUGGGGAUUCUUCGACAAAGAGGAAACCAUGGAACGUCCCUGCCGACCAGUGUGAAGAGGCAGGUCCUCGAUAAAAUCCGGCAAACCGGUGCGCUCCAGCAGACCUGGGAGGCCCUCCAGAACCUCGAGCGAGACACUGAAGCUGUCCUAGUCACGAUAGAGAGUAUCACAGGAAAACCGAAUCCGUCAUUUCGUACUUUUGUGAAGCUUUUGAGCAACGUAUCACGGCCAUAG